AGUCACCCAGACAUUGUGAAGGGUCACUGGACUGUAUCCCUGUGGCCAUAAGGAAGCGCAGGCCAUUAUAUCACAGUCUUAGUGCUGACCGCCGCCUCCUCUCUGCACCCUGCGACCUUCAUCACGUGACCGAGCCUGCUUUUUAUUUUCUCUUUACUUUGGCCUAGCAUUAGUAUUUUGCAGGGUGAUUCUGUUUUUUGGCGCUUGAAAAGUGCUCAUCAGGAGACUUGUAUAAGCAAUCUCCAGCUGCUUUUCUGCAAUCUCCUACCAGCACCGAUCCUACUUUUGACUUCAUCUGGGCGCUGUAGGUGUUCCUAAGGCCUACUAGCAAAGUAGGAUUAGUCAGCUCAAAUAGGAGCUCCAGGCAUGUUCAUCAGAUAAUGGUUCCUUUACCUGGGGCAGAAUUGAUACAUAAGCCUUUACAGCUGUAUCGGUAUCUUCUUCGUUGUUGCAAGCAACUUCCAAAUGAGAAUCUUCAGCAUCAUUAUAAGCACGCAGUACAGCAGAGCUUCCGGGUUCAUGCUGAUGAGGAUGACCCGGAGAGGAUACAGCAGAUUAUUAAGAGAGCCAUAGAAGAUGCUGAGUGGGUGAUGAAUAAGUAUAAAAAACAAAGCUAACAAAGAACAUGAAGACAUAUAAGACAUCAUCAGAACAGUGUCUCACAGACAAUAUACUACAUGAAUUGACAGCAACCUAAGAAGCUAAAUUCAUCUUAAUAGCAUCUACACCUAAGGGUGGAAUCUCUUCCAAGUCAUGUGCUUUAUUAUGUGCAAGGAAUAUUCAUUCGGUACAGUGUGGAAUGCCAUUUAAACAAGCGCUAUGGUUUAUCUGGAACAAUAUUCACAUAAAAUAUGCAAAGAGAAAUGCCUCAUAUUACAUGUUAUAGUAACUGUUACAGAUGUCAAUAUUAAAAUGUGGGGUUUGUGUCCUCUUUAUGGGAAGAAUUUCAUGAAAGGAAAUCGACUUAAUAAGUUAAUAAUUAAAAAAGCUUGGUUUCUGUAA